AUGAACCACAACAACAAAAAUGGCUAUGGCAGUGACAACUGACAAGUUUUUUGUAUGAAUUUGUUCAAUACUUUAGUGGUAAUUGUGACAUUUUUUUUAAAUUUAAUAAAUAUUUUAUUAUUUCAAUUAGUUUUAACUGUUUUAACUAGUUAAUGCAUUGUACAAUUUUUGAUUAAAAUUGAACAAAUUAACACUAGGUACGUGUAAAGAUGAAUGAUAUAACAAUAACAACUGUCGAAUAAAAUCAUCUGAUACCUUUCAACUUUUCCAAAAAAUAAAAAUGUCUGAGGGAAGAUUUCCAUCUUAUCAUCAUUUACCCCCAGCGGCCCCAGCACCUCAAAGACAUCAUUUGGCAACUGCUGCAACACCUUCUGUUCCUCAUCCACUUACAUUCCAUCCUCCCGCAAUUUCUCAUCAGCUAUCUUCAUGGUUUACUAAACAAGAUAUGGCUGCUUACAGAAAUACACCAUAUGCUUCUUUGCACAAUAUUGCUGCAUUACAGAUGCACAAACCCCAACAUACUCCUGUAAUUGAUAGGUGGAUGGAUUCAAGAAAUAAUAUGCCGCCACCAUCUAGACCUGAUCCACCAUCUCCUAGUCCAGCUCAUUCCGCGAAUGUAUCGCCUAGUUUUUCAUUAUCUAGAACUGUUGAGAUUGAUCUUACUAAACAUAAAAAAGAAUCUGAGCAAAUGUCUAUUGACCUGUCUUCAAAUAAUAAAAAUUAUGAAAACUUUUCUUUUAAACGAGCAAGAGAUCAAGUAAAUGGUCAAAUAAAUUUAUCUAAAAUAGGAAAUAUUGAAGAGAAGGCAAUAAGUGUUAUAGCACCAAACCCUCAUAAAGUUAUUAAGUCUGAAAUCAGAUGUGAUGCCCCAGAUUAUAUACAAAUUCAAAAAGUAAAAAAUGUUAAUAAUGAAGGUUAUGAAAAUAAAUGUAGUAAACAUGAUAUUAAGAUAACUUGGGAUGUGGUAGAUAGUCCUAUAAAAAUUGAAGUUGAAGAUACAAAUAAUGUUGAAAAAAUGUUGGAAAACAUGUUUCAAACUAAUGAGUCUGAAAAACAAUCUGUUAUUAAAAUUAUAAAACCAAGAAAAUCACCAUCACCAUCAAUGAUGAGGGCAGAAUCUGUAGAAAAAAUACUUAAAUCACCAUCUCCUAUACCUAGGAUAGAACAUGAUAAAUCUGAGGAUUCUAUACCAUCAGAAAAUUCUUCAAAAAAAAUUCAUGACACACAUUCUCAAUUCCUUGAAGUAGAAAACAAAUUAGAAGAAUUAUUUGGUGGAGUUAUUACAUCAACUAGUAUACCUGAUCAACAAAUAGUGAUUGACAAUAAAUCAAAACCAAUAAUUUCUACAAAAAGGCCUUAUAAUAAAAAUAAGAAACAAUUUAAAAAAGUAAAAAAAAACCUACCUAUAGCUGAAAAAUUGAAACCGGCUAUUGAACAACCUUUUAAAAAAUAUAAAGGCCCAUUGAUAAGAGUCAAUGGUGGUAACAUAGAAAAUCCAAGAAGUUUUGUUAUAAUUAACCGAAAUGUUCAAGAUGACGAGGACUCAUUAGAUGGUCGAAAUAUUAAUCGAAAGACUUAUUCAUAUAAGUCUGGUGUUUGCAAUGGUGAAGAAAAACCCGAUGUGAGCAAUUUAGAAAGUAGUGAUUGGAAAUGUGUAUUCUGUUCGCGAGGACCUCACGUAAGAGACAUUGGUUAUGAUCCUACUGGAGAUCUUUUUGGUCCUUAUUAUGUCAGUAUACCAAAGGUUGUAAAACCAAAUGAUAACCCUAAGCGAAAGAAAUCUAAGCAUAAUUUAAAUGAUAAUGAUACUUCAGAAACAUUUAUUGAGGUAUGGACUCAUGAAAAUUGUUUAGUUUGGGCGUCUGGUGUUUAUAUGGUUGGGGAUAAAAUUGUUGGGUUGGAAGAUAGUGUGAGAAUUGCAAAAAAUACUAUCUGUGUUUAUUGUGGUGUUAUUGGGGCUAGUAUUGGAUGUACAGCACGUCACUGCAAAUCAAGUAUACAUUAUAACUGUGCAAUACAUGUUGGUUGGCUUCUAGAUAGCCAGAAUCAUAUGACUACAUGUAAUGUUCAUAGGAAUUCUCUCCUUGGAAGUAGUUGUCAUUAAUGGAGCUUUCUUGCUUCAUUUAUUAUUAUAUUCAAAAAAUAGGCUUUCUGAGUUUUUUUAUUGUCGUAUAUAAUAUUGUAUUAUGGUUAGAAGAUCAUCAACCUUGUUAUGAACUUCCAAGAAUUGACCAUUAAGUAUUUUCUUAUGCAUAUAUUAUCAUAUGUGUAUAUUUGUUAAUAUAUUUGUGUAUUUUAAUCUAUUAUAAUUAAAUUGUUUAGUUUUAUAAAGUAAAAAAGAUGAACUAAUGAAUAUUUGCAGUAAACAACAAGAAAGUUUAUCUAACUAAAUAAUCAAUUAUGCCUAUUAUUUUAGAGCUGAAAGAAACAAAAUUGCUCUAUCAUAGUCCAUAUACUGUGCCACAUUUUGGUGCAUAAACUAUAUAAGUACAUGAACAAAAUAAAUUGUGUCCAUGAAUAUAUUUUAAUCAAGUUUUGUAUGUAUUGUAUUAUUUUAUUGAUUUAUAUUUUACAUUAUCCUUCAUUGUUUUGAUUUUAUAUAACUGUAUACGUUUGGAGGAAAAUACAUAUUGGUAUUUAUUAAUAUUUUUACAGAUAAUAUUAUCUAUUAUAUAUUAUUAUAAUUGCAGAUAUUAAGUUAGUAUUAAAUUUCUUGAGAUAUUAUGAUCUAAAUAAAUAUCUGUUGGACUGUGA